UCCAUGGAGAUCCUUCGUAAGCUAAAGAUCCUUGCUGAUCAAAAAGAUGCUCUUGGCCUGAGAGAAGGUGCUCAGAACAAACCUUCGCCAAGGCCACCAACUCCUUUGGUAGAACAUGCUGAUGUUUAUGGGAGGGAUACUGAGAAAAAAAUCAUUGUUGAUCAGUUGCUGAAAGAUGAUGUUGAUAGUGGUAGGAACAUUUCUGUUAUCCCGAUUGUUGGGAUGGGUGGUCUUGGCAAAACCACUCUUGCUCGAGUUGUUUAUGACGAUGAUAGAGUACAAAAGUAUUUUGAGCUAAAAGUAUGGAUUACUGUGUUAGAUGAGUUUGAUAUUUUCAAGAUAACAAAAGAGAUCUUUGAGGGGGUCACCACCAACAAAUGUGGUACUGAAAACUUCAACGAACUUCGAAGGAAAUUGAAGGAAGCAUUGAGGGGGAAGAAAUUUCUCUUUGUUCAUGAUGAUGUUUGGAACGAGUCUUAUUCUUUGUGGGACACACUGAAGAGUUCUUUUGAGUCUGGAGCAAAUGGAAGUAAAAUUCUUGUGACUACUCGAAGCAUAAUUGUCGCCACUACUAUGGCCACUGGGCAGAUUCAUCAUCUACAAACUUUGUUGAAUGAAGAUUGUUGGCGAUUAUUUGUCAAACAUGCUUUUGGAAGUAAUUUUGACGAGAAUAGCAACAAAGAUCUGCAAGCACUUGGUAGAAAAAUAGUGGAGAAGUGCAAAGGCCUUCCUUUAGCAAUAAAGUCUCUUGGUGGAUUACUGCGCUGUGAACAAAAUCCUAAAAAAUGGGAAGAUAUACUUGGCAGUGACACAUGGUAGGAAUUGUACAAGAAAGAGAGCUCCAUUCUUCCAGCUUUAUGGUUGAGCUAUCGUCACUUUCCUACACAUCUCAAGCAAUGUUUUGCUUAUUGUUCUAUAUUUCCCAAAGACUAUGAUUUUGAAAGAGAAGAUUUUAUUUUGUUAUGGAUGGCUGAAGGGUUUUUGCCAAUGGAUUCAAAAAGAAAAAAGAUGGAGGAAUUUGGAAAGGAAUACCUUGAAGAUCUCUUAUCAAGGUCAUUCUUUCAAUGUUCGAGGAAGAAUGCAUCCUUUCUCCAAAUGCUUGACCUCGUACAUGAUUUAGCCAUGCUUGUAUCACAUGAUUUUUGCUUUAGGUUGGAUUUGAGUAGUGAUGUGCAUAGCCUUCCAACAAAGAUUCAUCAUCUGUCAUAUAAGAGAAGCUCUAAUUACGGCCUCGACAAACUCAAGGGUUUGAGUAAGGCUAAUUCUUUGUGU